AUGUUGAAUUCGUGGCCAGAGUUGCCUCCGACAGGAUUUCUCAGCGGAACUCUCACUCAUUUCGGUGAUUAUGAUCAGUGCCUUAAUAUACCUCCCAAUCCAGUGAUCGAUACGCCACAGUAUUGUCUCAUCGAUAUAUCACUACCUCUUCCCAAACCAAUUGGCAGUCAUCACAGUUUUUAUCAUAUCGUAAAUGUAUUGCCACCAAAGCUUAAUAAUAGUGUCGCCAACAAUAAUGAUGACAACGUUUUUGUCAAAUUCUCCAAAAAUGCCUCAUUUUUCUACUGGAUGUUCAUUAGACUUGGCAUAUGUGUGCCCAACAAGUGUCUACCCUCUGAUGUCCACAAUAUAGCAUAUUCUGAAAAGGUGUUUCGGAUGAAAACCGUUUUAAAUGAGCCCUUAAACCAACCUUUCCUUCAGGCCUACUAUUCGGUGGAAACCUUUUUCUUUGUCAGUAGCUAG